ACAUCUUAUGUAGUUGCCAGCAGCGCUUCCUUUUUCCGGUGUCAGCCGGAUUGUCGAGAAACGGCAAGCGCGCGACAGGGAUCCUUCCCGCUUCUGUAGCCUCGUAGUGUUAUGGUGGUCUUUUCUGCAGGAGGGAGGUAUACGCUGGGCAUCAGCCUCGGCAUGCUGUGCAUGUUGAGUCCGCCUGCGUCAGCGCUCGAAGUGAUUCAGAAGCGGUUUAUCGUGGAGGGUGCCGUUAGGCCGUACGGCGACGGACAGUAUGAGUACAUCCAUCCUCGUGCAGAUGCACUGCACGUGUCGGAGUUGACUUGCAUCGCCAUCAGAGAAGGCGCAGAGGUCAUUCCUGCCGACUUGUACAGCCUCUUCAACGUCACUGGACAAGAAAGUGGCCUUGUCAAGGGAACGGUUGUGUUGGCCCGCGACAACAACACAGUAGUCUUCUAUGCUGGCCGGCCGUUCGUCACAAACGAGAAUGUCACCGUCAAGUUCGGUCCCGGCCUGCGCGUGCGACGCUUUGAGAAUUUCACUGAGCGUCAGGCAGGCCCCUACGAAUGGAGCUUUCGGAUACGAACAAAGUACAAGGCAGCGAGCGUGCCAGCUAAGUUCGACUAUUUGGAUCGGGAGAACGAGCAGCCAGACGAGCAGGAAGGGCUUAAGGGGCCCACACCGAUGGAUCGCCACCGCACACUGCCAACAUGGGCUGCAAGGUUGAAGCCAUCUCCCGAGGGCGAGAAGGCCGCCGUGGACGAGAAAAAUGAUGCGACUGGCGCAGAAGGAGACCUCUAUUUUUUUGGUGUCGGGCACGCAAGGGGAGAACAUGCAGGCCAGCAUAUCAUCACUACACGUGAGGCAAACAAAGUGAAGAACACGUGUUUGUAG